GCAGUGCAGUAGUUUUAGUGUUUGAAUGCCAAAAGUUACAAUCACAUAUAAGCAAAGUUACGAGAACCUGCCCAGUGAUGCUAAAACAUGUGAUACAUCAUCACCUUGGAGCAAGAGCGAAUUCUGAACAUUGACUGAACCUUUAGUAGGGGGCCUUUAAAAGUUCUACAAAAAUAAUUCUAACUUGCUUCAUCUCUGAAACUCAGUCAGUCUUCAUUGCAAGUAUGGGAUGUGUGAGUUCUGUGAAAAAGGGGGGUGAUAUGAACCAUGGGAAGAAAUCUCGACCCCCAGAAGUCAACAGAUAUACCAAAGACCCAUCUAAGAAUUCAUCACUGUUGCCUGGGCAGGUUCUGCAGAAUGCGGAUGCUACAUCCACAGACAAGAUAGCCAUCUGCUUAUUCACAUAUGAAGCCGAGAAUAAGAAUGAGCUCUCGUUCAACAAAGGAGAGAAACUCGUAAUAUUGGAUGACAAUAGCGAGUGGUGGAAAGCAAAGUCCCGUUCCUCUGGCAAAGUAGGAUUAGUACCUUCUAAUUACAUAAAGCUAGAAGAAACCCUGGAUAACAAAGACUGGUUUUUUAAGAACAUCAGCAGAAUUACAGCUGAGAGAAACCUGAUGGCUCCUGCCAAUAAACCUGGUGCUUUCCUCAUCCGCGAAAGCGAGACAACUCCAGGAUGUUACUCUAUGUCAGUGAGAGACGUGGGUCCUAAUGGCUCAGCUGUGGUAAAGCAUUAUAAGAUCCGCCUUUUGGAAAAUGGAGGAUUUUACAUCUCUCCACGAGUCACCUUCAGAACAUUAGAUGACCUCAUUGCAUAUUAUAAGAAGCAAGCCAAUGGUUUGUGUUAUCGGUUAAGCAAACCGUGUGUGAAACCUAAAAAUGCAGUCCAAUGGGAUGAAGAUGCUUGGGAAAUUUCCAAAGAAUCUCUUCAUAUGACGAAGAAGCUUGGAGCUGGUCAGUUUGGUGAGGUCUGGUUAGCAACGUAUAAAAACACUACCAAAGUGGCGGUGAAGACCUUGAAGCCUGGCAGCAUGUCAAUUGAGGCAUUUCUGCAGGAGGCGAAUUUGAUGAAAACGCUACAACAUGACCGACUUGUCCGUCUUUACGCUGUGGUCACCAAAACACAGCCCCUCUAUAUCAUCACUGAAUUCAUGGCUAAUGGGAGUUUGCUGGACUUUCUGAAAAGUCCACCAGGCAGAAAAAUACAGCUGCCUAAACUGAUUGACUUUGGAGCUCAAAUUGCAGAAGGUAUGGCAUACAUAGAAAAGAAGAACUACAUUCACAGAGACUUGAGAGCUGCAAACGUUCUUGUUAGUGAAAGCCUACUGUGUAAGAUCGCUGACUUCGGCCUAGCUAGGGUCAUUGAGGACAAUGAAUAUUCAGCCAGAGAAGGUGCUAAAUUUCCCAUUAAAUGGACUGCACCAGAAGCUAUAAACUAUGGUUCAUUCACCAUCAAAUCAGACAUGUGGUCAUUUGGCAUUCUUCUCUAUGAGAUCGUCACGUUUGGGAAAAUCCCCUACACAGGUCUAAGCAACAGCGAAGUAAUGGCACGAGUGCAGCGUGGCUAUCGGAUGCAGUGUCCUGAAAAUUGCCCAGCCGAACUGUAUGAGAUCAUGGGUUCAUGCUGGAAGGCCAAACCAGAGGAGCGACCGACAUUUGACUACAUACAAAGUGUGCUGGAGGACUAUUAUACAGCCACAGAGGGCCAGUACCAGAGCCAGCCAUAAUACUGUGCCAUAUUCAAAACAAGAACAUCAUAUAUAACGGUUUUUUUUGUUAUUACAUGGGUGCCAGGUUAUGGGCUACAAGGAAACACUUCUUAGAAGAAGAAAUGCACAAAUAUGCAAUGAAGUUUCAGCAGGUGAAGCUAAUACUCUUAGCUGAUCUCUUUGAGUGGACCCAAUGCAUGGUCAACAAACAGAAAAAUAACAGGUUUCAGGUUUGUUAGAGAUUAAGGUAAUAAUAGAAGUCUAACAGUUGAUCCACCAGCAGAUGUUGGAAUGACCUGGAAUAAUCACGAAACUGUAAAAAAACAAACAAAAAAAAACGUACUCAGCUUAGUGCACUAUAAAGGUGUGGUCAGAUCUUAAAAAUGCUGACAUUUAUGGAACCCCAAAACCCCUCAUAUUUAUCUAAUCAGCCCAUUACAUGGCAGUUGCACAAAUAAUGAAGGUAUUGGUCAAGAGAUUCAGAUAAUGUUUCAAUAAAAAUGAUAAUGGGGUUCACAAGUUCAGAUGGAAAGAAAGGUAAAGGUUUUUUUCUCGUCACAUACCUUACAGCACAGUGAAAAGCUUUUCUUUGCAUAUCCCAGGAAUUUUGGGAAGCUGGGGCCAGAUUGCAGGGUCAGCCAUGUUACAGUACCCCUGGAUCACAAUGGGGCUGAGGGCCUUGCUCAGGGGCCCCCCCAGAGUGGCAUCCAGCUCUCUGAUCAGUAACCCAGAUCCCUAACCACCAAGCUGACCACAUGCCACCAAGCUCACCACAAGUCGCUGUCAGCCUCAAAAGAGGAAUCAGAAGCUACAGUGGGCACAAACGGAAUAUAUUCAGAUUGCCUGGGCUUUUUACACCCAGGCUUCAGCAAUUUGCUUCAUGAGAUCUUUCAAAAUGUUCAUAAUGGGAUCGGAUAGUGUUUUUAUUUUUUAAGUUACUGUAGCCUUUCCAUCUGUUCAAACCGGUUGGAUCAUUUACCACAGACGGCAUUUCUGCCCAAUGUACAGACUUGGCACAUAAGGUGGCCAGUAAGUGAAGGAAAGAAUUGUGCUCUAAAUAGUUGUAACAAUUCAUUUCUGAGAAUCUCUUUUGUAAAUAAGGUUUUUUUUUUGUGUUCUCCAAAACUGGAAAUUGAUGCAAACCAAUAUUAUAAUUUGUCCAUUAUUAGUAACCCUAUAUGGAACCUGGUGUACAUUGGUACAUAUGUAAUUAGUAACUGCCUCAUGUUAGCAUCAAUUACCAUGCAUAUUUAUUAGAUUAGGAUUUUAUGUGAAACUAACUGCUUUCAGAAUACAAGACAGUUUGUGGUAAAAAGGAAUUUAUUAAACAAAUAAGUAAUUACAAUAAAACACCUGCUUGAGCAAAGAUUUUA